AUGCUUCCUCAAAUUGAGUCCAUCGCCACACAAGACUCACCGACCAAAAAAUGGGCCGAUACCAAAGCGUACCAGCCUAUCCCGGGGGCUCGGGAGAUUGAAAGCUUAGAAGCAUUUCCAACGAAUUCGGAGGCGAUCCAACAGCAAGUUCCACCCGUUGUUAAGGCUCAUCACAGACGCCGACUAUUUUGGUGGGCUCUUCGAUAUUUUCUCAUUUCUGCUGUCAUCUUCGUGGCACUUCUUGUGCCCACAAUUGUCCUGAGCAACGACGCCGAGUUUGCCGAUGACAGCACCAUUGAGAGCAUUCAAGCAAAACAGUACACCAACCUUGUGUUCUACAUCUGCCUGUGGUUGAUGGUCACAUGGAUAGCAGCCGUAGGUUCAGACCUCAUUGGUCUUGGAUUCCCAUAUUUCUUCAGGCUCAUUGCCAGAUACACGAAUCCCUCCCACCAAAAGUACUGGAGGGCUUUCAAGUUCAUGCGGCGACCGAUAGCGUUCCUCGGCACAACACUAGUCACCUAUAUCUUCUUCGCAGCGUGCAUUGUAGACAACAAUCUUUUGGCGGUCAACAUCAACAAGCCGGCAGACGCUUUUUGGUGGGAUGAUGUCGUUGCCGAUGUCUUCCAGCAACUGAUCCUUUGGGUCUGCUUCUACUUCAUCGAGAAGAUCUUCAUCACCUACAUCACGAUUCACUACCAUUAUCGGGGCGACAACGUGAAACUCACCCGGACAAGAGAGUUGCAAAACGCGCUGAUCACACUAUACGACGCUUCUGUUUAUCUUCACCCUCCUCAUCGAACCUUAUUCGCCCGAGAAGACAUGCUCAUUCGGAACGCCAAAGGUGAUGCCCACGCGUCUGGCCGAACGAGGGUCAGCAGCUACCUCGCCCGGAUGGGUAUCGACGGCUACAAAAUGACGAGUCUCUUUGGCAAUUUCAUAUCAGACGAUCCUAAUGCACAUUGGCUUCGACCUGCAAGUACCUACGCAGUUAUCGAGCGGGCAUGGGCCAGUCCGGUCUCAGCUGAAGCGUUGGCAAGACGCAUAUGGCUGCCACUUGUGGCAGAGGGCAAAUCAGGUCUCACUGCUAACGACAUCAUCGACGUCCUUGGCCCUUACCGAAAAGAAGAGGCCAUUCGCAUAUUCAAGACUGUGAACGAAAACAACAGUCCCGACAUCCGAAUUGAGGAGUUCAUUGGCAUAGUCACCGAAGGUGGGAAAACUCGACACAAUAUCUAUCGCAACAUGACCAACAUGGACCACUGCAUCAACACAUUCGACUGGUUUCUCCUGCUUAUUCUUGCAGCUGUCAUGAUAUUCUUUAUCAGUGAGUAUCGUGCCCAAUAUUCCACGUGGUCAUAG